AUGCCCGAUAAACAAUAUGUCUUCAAUGUUAAAACCCAAGAUAAUUACGCGCUAUUCGAUGAGCAAAGUAAAAAACGACAAAAAAGAGAGAGUAAGGAAAAAAAACAUAAAUCAGCCAACGAUUGGGUUGAACCUUUGAUAAAUUCCAUUAAUGAAGACCAUCCUCAUGAAGCCCAGACUAUACCAUUUUCUUCCUUAUCUUCAAAUAAUACACAAUCCCCUCUCUUUCAAGCUCCGCGUCAACGUAAUGAAUUAUGGGUGGAUUCCAUUAACGAAGAUCAUUCUCUUGCGGUCCAAGCUGAAUUAUGUCAAUUACGGGUAAACUCCGCUUAUGAAAAAUAUUCUUAUGGAGUCCAAGCUAAGUCAGAUACUAAUGACGCAAGUCAACCACGGACGAAUUCCAUUAACGAAGAUCAUUCUCGUGCGGUCCAGCUAUGGUCAGAUUCCAUCAGUGAAGAUCUUUCUCAUGAAUUACUCAAGUUUCACGUCAACCUAGUAACGACUCAAGUCAAUCUCGACAUUCCGUAA